AUGAAUGAGAAGAUCGUCGCUAUCCAAGAAAGACUAACGCACGCCAACAUUCAGGUGGAUGAGAUCUGCAAUUCAUCAGGCGUCCCUGGUGCUUCUAUUGGAGUUAUCCAGAAUGGCGACAUGAUCCAUACUUAUAACUUUGGGUACAGAGAUGUGGAGAAGCAACUGCCCACUACCUCUGAUACUGUCUACGGCAUCGGUUCGGUUACAAAAUCUUUCAUCGUUGCUGGACUUGCCAAGCUGGUCGAGGAGGAAAAGCUCGCCUGGGAUACUCCUGUGCGAGAUAUUCUGCCAGAGUUUGGGCAGGAAGACGCCUAUAUUGCCGAGACGCUCACCAUCGCCGACAUACUAUCGCAUCGCAGUGGGCUAGCUGGAUUUGGAGAUAUGAACCUAGCUUUUCAGGGCGAUGGCGAUAUGCUAUUACCCAAAGAGAGCCUGUUCUCCAUUGUAAAGCAAUUCAAGCAAUUAUUCCCUAUUCGCACGAACUGGAGCUACUUUGUCUGGGGCUACGCAUUGGCAGGAGCAAUUAUCGAGAAAGUCACCAACCAAAGUGUGAGCAGCUUUAUUUCUGAAACGAUUUUUGAACCCCUGAGCCUCAAUAGUACAACCUUUGAUCCUAGUUCCGUGGAUCCAGCCAAGUUUGCUGAGCCAUACUCUGGACUGGAAGAUGGUACACCUUAUCAUUUGAGAAAGAUACAAGUCUUUAAAGACACAUUUUUCGAGGCCUCAGGCGGAAUAUAUUCGAACCUUGAUGAUAUGAUGAGCUGGUCUAGAGUAAUGUUGGAUACAAUCCACGCUGUACCGGGAACACAAGGGUUGGUUGUUAAACAAAUUCAAGAAAUUUUGAGCAACCAUAUUGCCAUUGAGAAUCCUUCUUUAAGAGAACGAUCUUAUGGCUACGGAUGGAUUCGAACCCAGCUCCCUGGCGCUGUCGGUUUGAUAGGAGACAACUCGGGACUAUGGGACAUAGAAGAUAGCCCGGUUCUUGGUACACUAGACCAACCACUCUUUAUGAUUUACCAUCAGGGAAGCACCGUUGGCUACUACACCUUUAUAGCCUUAUUCCCUGAUAGUAACUCUGCUGUGGUGGUUCUCACCAAUUCUAUCGCGAUUAGUGAUGCAGCAGAUUGGAUCGGCAGAGUCAUUAUUCAAGCAUUGUUUGAUCUCAAAGAUAAUCACAACUACGCCAAAUUAGCCAAAGAAGCCAACAAAAGAGUUGUCAAAGGUUAUGAAGACAUGAACAAAAAAAGGGACAAGUUGAAAAACAUGAUACGAGCAAUACCUGACUUAACACCUUUUAUUGGUAGAUACAGGAAUGCAAACAAGCCUUUCUUUAUUGAUAUUAUGAUGUCAGAAGAGAACAAGUCGGAACUUCUAUUCCAAUUUCAAGGGCUCAGAGACCAAACUUACAGACUUCGGCAUCUAUAUGGCAAUGUCUUUGAAUGGGCGCUAACACAUGAUGAAGCUAAAAAGAGAGGUAGAUAUUCUAACGCAAACUUGGAGACAUAUUUAUUUGACUUUGAGGUGGAUACGUGUAGCGAGGUUACUUCAUUCUCAUGGUUAACAGAUCUUACCAAACCAACGAAAGAGAUAUUUUUAAAAAGCAAUGUAUAA